UCACUCAGCUCUCAGCAGGAAACCAGCCAGUCAACUCCUGACGGCUCGCUCCCUGGUAACAGGAAUAGGAUCCUAGUUUCUCUGUGAUGUUUCCGCAGUUAAUCCAUCAGGAUGUGAAUCAUUGCAGGUGCACAUCAGGAAACAGUUGAAUGACUCUGGAGCUUCCUCUGUUCAUCCAGAACGCUCCAGCUUCCCUCCUUCAAUGAACAAAGCAAAUUCAUGUUCAAAGCAGGAGUGCAGCACAGAAGCAAACCCCCCCGAUGAUGGCUGUGUCUUCCCUCUAUGUCACAGAGGAACCCGGAGCUAACCUCUCUGAAGCGGAUCUCUGUGCUCUGAAGAACAAUGUUCAAUACGAAGUCAUCCCGUCUGUUGUGUGCUCGGUUUGCCUUUCAUUCGGCCUCAUCUACUGCUUUUUUGGCUACCGCUGUUUCAAGAUGGUCAUGUUCUUCUCAGGGUUUAUGUUUGCAUCAUCAGCUGUGCUCCUGUUCUACCACAAUGAGCCUGAAUUUACCAGUCAGCUGAGAGAGGACACCAAGGCGGGCAUCGGCCUGGGAGUCGGGGUGCUGUUUGGGUUGUUCACCAUGCUGGUCUCCACGUUGGGUCUCAUCCUCAGUGGCCUGCAGCUUGGAUGCCUCCUCUCCCUCCCCUUGCUCGUCGUUGUUGCACAGUUUCACAGCCUGACUCCAGUGUGGGUUCCUCUCUCCGUCACGCUGGCUGCCAGCAUCGCCGCCACUGUCUUCACUCUGCAGUGGCAGAGGUUGUUCAGCAUUUUCUACUCCUCUGUGUUUGGCGCUACGACCGUGAUGCUGUGCGUGGACUACAUGGUGGGGGCGUUUGUGCUGCCUCACCAAGUGUACUACAUAUUUAGUCAAGUGGCUCCAAGAAAAUUCUGCUGGUUUAACUGGGCCAUCACUGGGAUCUGUCCUGUUCUGAGCAUCAUAGGUGUGCUGGUGCAGUGGUGGUUUACAGCAAGAAGAGUUUCACACACUGAAGAUUCACAGAAAAAACUGACCAAACAUGAAAGGAAGCAAAAAAGUAAAGAAAGGAGAAGACCCAAAACCUACCGUCAGCGCAAGCCUCCCCCCUUGAAGCGAUACGCUGGAGAUGUCCUCGCACCGAGUUACCUCCACAGACUCCAGGAGCGUCAGAUGGGAACAGGCUCCUCCACCAGCAGCGUCAGCACAAUCACACACACUUUGAUUGACUUUAACUUUGAGACGGGCUCCAUGGUGCCCCUCACUGCUGCCUCACCAAUCUUCACAGUCUGAACAUUCAGGAUCAAGCAGCUGAAGGAUCAUCUCUG